CCCACGCUUCCUCCUCAAGAACCGAGCUCUCACACAGUACACUGUUCAUCACCUCAGCCGCCGGUGGAAAAAGGAGGGGAAAAGCAGAUCUGAUGAUAGCAGUGGCCGCAGAAAGACGAUCGACCCGCGGAUAAGACGCCAACCCUAGCGUUGACGAGUGAUGGAUCCGUCCAGCCGGAAGAGGAAAACGCGUAGAUCGGCCAACGAAGAUGACCCUCUCUACAAGCCGAAGAGAGCACGCUCUCGGAGGGAGCGAGAUGCAGCUUCCGUCAGCGACUGCCAUCUCCCGCAUAGCGGGUGGGGAAGCGGCGCCAUCGUUCGUGCGGUUGACCACCGUCCUGGCCGGCGAGCAGAUGUAGAUUUUCUUCGGGGUAAAUGUUGCAAGAGCACGUUCAAUAUGAGACCAUUCCUUGGUCUAGGGCCAUCUUACUACCCUGCUGUUGCCGAUUCAGACAUGGGGGGCCUGCUGACCACGCAGAUAGCAAACGAUGCAAAGAAAAAGCACUACGCAUGGAUCCUGUCACGAUUCAACCCCCAUGACAUGAGUUUUAGGUUUAGGGAUGAGCAGAUCUGUAGGUUUAGAGUCUCUGACAUGGUUUCCAUCAUGGGGUUUAGAAAUUCCGGUGAAUCCGUAACAUAUGAUACUCCUCCGAACCGGGCAGAACUUGUUGAGCAGAGACAGGACAUAGUUGGCCUAGAGAGGAAAACAGUAGGGGGGCUAGCUGUCAAUGACAUACUGUAUGCAUUUCAGUAGAUGGAUCACAUGACCAUAGAACCAGAUGAGCGUAGGGCAAUGUCAGUUGCAUUCUCUUUAUUGGGAUCUGCUCUGGUCGUAGCACCAAACCAAAGAUAUCCUGCUGUACCAGAUGAGAUCCUACAGUGUGGUGUGCAUCCACAAGGCACUGGGUUCUACAACCUUGCAAAGUAUGGAUUUGAAAAACUUAGGGAAGCAGUACGGAAAUUCCAAGCCGAUGUCAGUGGAGGCAAGAAAACUAUAGAGCUUGGAGGAUGCCAGGUAUCAGCACAGAUUUGGGUGUUGGACAACAUGGACUUUGGCAACUCAAAUGUGACAUCUACACGCCUGCCGAGGUUAUCAGCCUACUCUGGUGACAAGAUAAAAGAACUAAUUGGUCUAGAUGAGCGAUACCCUGGGCGGUUCAAGACCAAACCAGAAAACUGGAAGGACAACAUCAACUGGGUUUGGCACUCCAUGAUGUCAGAUAAUCCACCAGACCUUGGCAUACAUAGCCCACCCAUAGAGCUUGGGGCUAUCGUGGAUGACGGGGUUGAAAAGAUCUUCAGAGAUGCGGUUACAGCAUGGUGUAUCAAACAUCCAGGUUCCAUUUGUGAUGGACGUGCUGGGGGGAGGAUGAUGCCACCAUGGAGAAGUUCCUGCAGGGGAUCAAGGACAACAAAAAAGAUUUUGUUAGAAAUCUCAUGGAUGCAUUCGCUGCUACAAGAUCAAAAUCAAUGAGCACAUUGGCUACAACAGCUGCAGUGGAUAGUGGCACGCAUGUCGGUGCACACCCGAUGGCAAAUGAAACGACAAUUCCAGCCACUCAAAGUUCUAUUGUUGUUCAUGAUACGUCAGGUAAGUAAGCGAAAUUACUUCAACUGUACUGAUAGCAAGCAGCUGACUUAUUAGAGCUUUGCCAAAUCAAUAAACUCAUUCAGAGAUGGAAAAAAUAGAAAUUGCAGCAGGUGCAGAAAGCUUGAUUCAGGAGGGUGAUUUACCAGCACUUGUAAGUGCAUCUAGUGCCAUCCCUAGUUGGUUUU